AUGAACGGGGUCAUCGAGGCGCUUCACAUCUACGACGAGCACAACAGCCCAAUCCUCUCCCACACCUACACCUCCCGUCCCCUCUCCCCCUCCUACCUCCUCCCCUUCUACCUCUCCCAUCCCGCCCCACGACCGAACUUGAUCUACCUCCCCCAGACCAACCCUCCGACCCUGGUCUUCUCCCUCGCCCACGCCAAUCUAUUAUUCCUCAUCACCACCUCCUCCGAAGUCGAACCCCUCCUCGUCCUCGAGUUCCUGCACCGCAUCGUCGACUCCUUUGAAGAAUUCCUCGGCGCGCCACUCCUGGCUCACAAAAUCGAAAGCAACUACGAUGUCGUCGCCCAGCUCCUCACAGAAAUGUGCGAUGCCGGAACGGUCAACACCACCGAACCAAACGCACUAAGGGACAUGGUCGAGGUGGAAGGGUGGGUGGACAAGCUACUGGGGGGGUUGAACCUAUCUGCGGGGAAGAACUUUGCCGGGGGUUUGGGGGGAGGUAUGGGAAGCAGCGCUGCGUCGUCGUCAUCGCUGAUAUCACAAAACACCCCCGCGCUGCCGUGGAGGAGGGCAAAUGUCCGGCACACUUCCAAUGAGCUCUACGCCGAUGUGGUGGAGACGCUGUCGGUCACGCUCGCGCCGUCGGGGAGACCGCUGGCGGCGUUUGCCAACGGUACGAUAGCGUUCACGACCAAGGUUUCGGGCGUGCCGGAUAUUGUGGUUACGCUGAGCGGGCCGUCGGGGAAGCAUAACCUGAAGGGGAUCGUUGACUUGCCUGUUUUUCACCCGUGUGUCAGACUGGCAAAGUGGAGGGAACAACCUGGCGUGUUGAGCUUUGUCCCGCCAGAUGGGAGGUUUACGUUGGCGGGGUAUGAGGUUGAUUUGCUGCCUUUUGACGUGGACGGGAAGCCGCCUACGGGGAAUUUGAAACUGCCGGUUAGUCUGGAGAUGAAGACGGGGUUAGGGCUGACGGGGUCGGAUUUUGAGGUGAGGGUGCAGUUGAAUAAGGUUUUUGGGAGCAGCGGGAGCGUGCAAGGAGGGGGGAUGGGUGCGAGGACUGGGCUUCAGGGGAGAGGGUCAGGGGGUGGCAGUGGGCCGGGAGGAGGGUUUGGGAUUCCGAAUGCCGGGACUCCGGCGUCGCCUUCACUGCAUGAUUUGGUGAUUACCGUGCCGUUGCCGGCGGAUGUGAGGAAUGUGCCGGAGAUUAGGCCGAGUAAAGGGGAUGCGACGUAUAACCCUGGGGAGAGGGUGCUGGAGUGGACGAUUAGCAACAAGGAGCUGGCGCAGGGCAUGUCUGCUUUUGUGUUAAGGUGUACGGUUGUGGGACAGCAGGUGACGGAGGAGGGGGAGGAGGGUGAUCCGACUGGGUUUGGGUUUGGUGGUGGUGGUGGGGGCUAUAACUACGACGAGCCGUAUCAAGACAUUGCGGUCACGAGUACUACAAAGGAGAAAGGGGUGGAUAAGGCUUGGGAAGCGGAACGGGACGAGAAAAGACAGGCGCAGAAUAAGAUUUUGAUGCCGAGCUCGGCUUUGGUUAGUUUUGCUGUCAAAGGGUGGCUGCCGAGCGGUAUCAAGGUUGAGAGCAUCAUUAUUGACCCGAGGAAGAGUAGAGGGAUGGUGGAGCACAUGAAACCUUACAAGGGAGUCAAGUAUUUGACCGUGAGCAAGGGGGGCGUUGAGAUUAGGUGUUGA